AUGGAUAAAACUCAUGCAUAUCGUUUAAUUUUGAAGAUUUUGUUAAUUGGUGCAUGUGGAUCGGGAAUAUUUUUUGUUUUAAUUCUUCGACCAAGUCAGUAUUACCCAUUAGCGGUUUCUAUUGGUCUAAUGGGUUUCUUUCUACUGCCGUUAUUGCCUGUGUCAUUCGAAUGUGCUGUCGAAUGUACACAUCCGAUUCGUGCAGAAUGGUCAACGGGGUUAUUGAUGUGUUUGGGUAAUGUUCUUGGAGGAAUUUUUAUUUUCAUUCUGGGCUAUUUGAUCAAAUUACAACCGAAAUACAAAUCGGGGCAGAUUUUAACCCCGGCGUCGAUUUUUAUGCUUUGUCUUUUUGUUGUUAGUGCAGCUACGAUGUUUAUCUAUCGAGGUCCCUAUUUACGGCUUGAAGCUGAAAAGCAAGCGACGGAAAGAAAUACGAACAGUUCAACAAAUAUAAACAUUUAA